AUGUGCAAUGGGACUUCGUUGAACUUGUUCUUUGCAAGCUGGCUUUCGAGAAAGUUGUGGAUCAAGAAUCUCGAGAAGUUGAACAAUGUGGAAGAGUUGCGAGCGUGGAACGAGUACAGCGCACCAAUGGCAGCCAUGGACAAUAAAAGCGGGAUCUGUUCCAAGUUCUUCUCAACAUUGAGUGUUGGGAUGUGCACGAACGGGAAGUUGUAUUUGGUCAUAAUAUGGUUGCGCACAAACUCCGAACAACGGCCAGGGAUUGUGGAGUGUUUUUGGCUUUGCGAGAUCGGGAUCUUCUUGAACAGGUCCAGCUGUCUCGAGCGAAAGAAUUGCGACAGGUCAUUGGUUGGCGAGUCGUCAGAGAGCGGUGAAUGGUUCGAGUUGUUUGUUCCGGGCGAGUCGGUGAAACCAAUGUGGUUGGAAACCGUAGGGAACUCCUUUUCGAUCGGUGCGUUCAUGAACUCAAACAGCCAGUCCUCGUUAACGUUGUGGUUUUCUGCCGUCGGGCCCUUUGAGUCUCUCUUGUCUGGACUUGUGACCGAGUUGUUGCUAAAAAUGCUACUUUCGGGAGUGAAGUCGAACGCUUGCGACUGGAGUUUGUUCUGGACAACCAGCGGAACAGACGAGCUGGUGGACUGGUUGUGGCUGGACGACUGCUCGUUGAGUCCUUGA